UCACUAUAUAAAGAACAAAGGAAGGGAUUCUGCCCUUAGCUGUGGCUUGCAGGUUGGUUGGUUGGGGGUAGAAAACACUUUGGGGCUGCCUGAAAAAUGGUUCUCUCUCUUUCCUCUUUGGCUCUAAUAGUCCUGCUUGCUUGUUUCACUGGUUCUGUCCUUCAGUGUAAUGGUUUUCCUUCCCAUCGCAACAACCCUUUUCGCCACCACCCUCGCUUUGCCAAGCACAACUACAGAGAUGCUCUUACUAAAUCAAUCAUCUUUUUUGAAGGCCAGAGGUCAGGGAGGCUUCCUUCUAACCAGAGGAUUACUUGGAGGAAAGACUCUGGCCUCUCAGAUGGUACAGCCAUGCAUGUUGAUUUGGUUGGAGGAUACUAUGAUGCUGGAGAUAAUGUGAAGUUUGGCUUCCCCAUGGCCUUCACCACCACCAUGCUCUCGUGGAGUGUAAUUGAAUUUGGCGGGCUGAUGAAAGAGGAGUUACAAAAUGCCAAACAAGCCAUCCGUUGGGCUACAGAUUACUUGCUCAAAGCAACUGCACAUCCAGACACCAUUUAUGUUCAGGUUGGUGAUGCAAAAAAGGACCAUUCUUGCUGGGAAAGACCAGAAGACAUGGACACUCCAAGGACUGUUUUCAAAAUAGACAAAAACUCUCCUGGUUCUGAUGUAGCAGGGGAAACUGCUGCUGCUCUUGCAGCUGCCUCUUUGGUCUUCAGAAGAAGUGACCCCACUUACUCCAAGCUUUUGGUUAGGAGGGCUAUCAGGGUGUUUGAGUUUGCUGAUAAGUACAGAGGACCCUAUAGCAAUGGAUUGAAGAAAGUUGUGUGCCCAUUCUAUUGCUCUUAUUCUGGUUAUCAGGAUGAACUUUUGUGGGGUGCUGCUUGGCUGCACCGAGCCACCAAGAGUCCAACCUACCUGAACUACAUUCAAGUCAAUGGGCAGACUCUUGGAGCUGCAGAGUUUGAUAACACAUUUGGAUGGGAUAACAAACAUGUUGGAGCAAGAAUUCUUCUUUCCAAGGCAUUUCUAGUUCAAAGACUGCAAUCUCUCCAUGAUUACAAAGGUCACGCAGAUAAAUUCAUUUGUUCUCUCAUACCAGGAGCCCCAUUCUCUUCAGCUCAAUAUACCCCAGGUGGGCUCCUGUUUAAGAUGAGUGACAGCAACAUGCAGUAUGUGACCUCUACUUCAUUCCUACUUCUAACCUAUGCCAAAUACUUAACCUCUGCCCACCAGGUUGUUAACUGCGGUGGCACCAUGGUCACCCCAAAGAGGCUCCGAACCAUUGCCAAGAAACAGGCGGACUAUCUGCUAGGGGACAAUCCCUUGAAGAUGUCCUACAUGGUGGGAUACGGUCCAAGCUACCCACAACGGAUACACCACAGGGGCUCAUCUCUGCCGUCCGUUGCAAAGCACCCAGCCAAGAUCCAAUGCUCCGCAGGCUUUAAUUUCAUGAACUCUCAAUCCCCCAACCCUAACAUUUUGGUCGGUGCAGUCAUUGGUGGGCCAGACCAGCAUGACAGGUUUCCAGAUCAACGGUCAGAUUAUGAGCAGUCAGAACCAGCAACGUACAUUAACGCACCCCUUGUAGGAGCGUUAGCUUACCUUGCUCACUCUUUCGGCCAGCUUUAGGGCCCUACAACGCUACAACUUCUAGGUUUAUCAGUAACUCAACGGACUUGGGUGUUUGCAAUGUUUUCUUUUUAAUUAUUUUAAAAAUGUAUUCUACUAAUAUUCCUCUGGAAGUGCACGAGGCGUCGAGGCAUAUGGGAUCGAGACCUAAGGCUCGAGACCCAAACCUUGAAGGCUGAAGCACAAUUGUCGAGGAUGA